AUGAAGAAAUUUGGGUCUGAACAGAGUAUUUACAUAGACAGUGAGGAAGAAGAUGAGAAAGUUGAAGCUAAUGAAGCUGGGAAUGAGUCUGAUUAUUCAAACUACUCUAGUGAUAAUGAUGAUAAUGGCGAUCAAAGGCAGACAAAGCCCAGUUCUCUCAAUCCCUCUUGGCCCCAAAGUUACAGGCAAUCGAUCGAUCUAUACAGUAGUGUCCCAUCUCCAAGUCUGAACUUUCUUGGUACGCCAACAUUAUCACGUUUAGGUAGCUCUUUCCUUUCAUCGACCCUUACAAGGAGACACACUCCCGAAAUAUUACCUUCUUUGAGUAAGCCUCUGUUAGAGGAGGAGAAGCCUAAGGAAAGACGAAGCUCGCAUUAUCUUUUGCCACCUAUACCCUCGAGAGUAAAGAAAGUUGACGAGGAGGGUAAAGCCUCGGAUGCUCACGGGCUCCCGAUUUCUCGCCAGUGUUCGUAUGGCCAAGCCGUCUUAAAUGGCAUAAAUGUCCUAUGUGGAGUUGGAAUCCUUUCGACUCCUUAUGCUGUUCAACAAGGAGGCUGGUUUGGGCUAUCAAUACUCUUCAUAUUUGCUUUACUUUCUUAUUACACUGGGAUUCUCCUAAGGUACUGUUUGGACAGUCAACCGGGUCUUGAGACUUAUCCAGACAUUGGUCAGGCAGCGUUUGGUACUGUAGGACGCCUCGCCAUAUCCAUAAUUUUGUACGUUGAGCUAUAUGCUUGCUGCAUUGAAUAUAUUAUAUUGGAGAGUGAUAACCUGUCGUCACUAUUCCCAAACGCGCAUUUAAAUUUGGGAUUGAUGGACUUGGACUCUCACCAUCUUUUUGCUGUGAUAAUUGCACUGGCUGUUCUUCCCACUGUAUAUUUACGGAACAUGAGUAUUCUCAGCUACAUAUCUGCGGGAGGAGUUAUUGCAUCAAUCUUAGUGGUCGCUUGUCUGUUUUGGGUCGGGUUAGUGGAUCAAGUCGGGUUUGAGACAAAAGGGUCACAAACUCUAAACCUUUCAACACUUCCGGUUGCUGUUGGUCUAUAUGGUUAUUGCUACUCGGGACAUGCGGUUUUUCCCAAUAUUUAUACGUCAAUGGAGAAUCCUCGUCAGUACCCAGCUGUACUUUUAGCGAGCUUUGGGAUUUGCACCGUGUUGUAUGCUGCAGUUGCUGUGAUGGGAUAUUUGAUGUACGGCAAUUCCAUACAAUCUCAGUUCACACUCAACAUGCCUCAAGAUUUGGUUGCUUCGAAGAUUGCUUUGUGGACCACGGUCGUAAACCCAUUCACAAAAUAUCCUUUUUUCCAGUUAAAUUUGUUGAUCAGUUCAUUUUGCUGA